AUGGUGCCACACCUGCACAGUGCCAGCCCACAGGCCCUCACCAGCCAGGCCCCCAGCAUCCAGGGGUCCAUCCCCCAGACCCUCGCCAGCCAAGUCUCCAGACCAUCUGGAGAGGCCAAAGACAGCGCCCUCUGCUGUUCAGGAAAUGAGAAUCCUAUGAUCACAUGUGUUUUCUUACAAAAGCAGAAGCCAGUGCAGUCAGUGAAUGGUUACUACCAGCUGACUGGCGUCGUCUCUCAUUUGGGAGGCUCCGCAAACUCCGGGCACUACAUUAGUGACAUAUUGCAUGCCAGUGGAAACUGGUUCUGCUGUAACGACAGCCAGGUGUCAAUGUCCAAUGAAGCCACUGUGCUGAGGACCAGAGCCCGGAGUGCCUACAUGCUCUUCUAUAUGUUCAGGGCAAGAGAGCGGGAGGCCCCAGCACACAGGGCCUAACAGGGCCACCAGCAUCAGCCCCAGCCUAAACAGGGGCAGCACCUGGACCAGCACUCAGACCUGACUCAACAGGGGUAGUACCAGGCCCAGCCUCAAACCCCCAGCCCAGCCUCAACAGGGGUAGUACCAGGCCCAGUCUCAAAACCCCCAGCCCAGCCUCAACCCUCACACACCUGCCUCGAAAGGGGUAGCAUUUGGCCCAACAUCAACAACCCCGAGCCCAGCCAUAACAGGGGCAGCACUGGGCCCAACAUCAUCACACCCAGCCCAGCCUCAACAUGGGAAGAACCAGGCCCAGUCUCAACAUGGGCAGAACAUGACCCAGCCCCAACACCCUCAGACCUGCCUCAACAGGUGCAGCAUUCAGCCCAACUUCAAUCAUGCUGCUCUUCAACACUAGCAUGAACAUUCUUUCAGUAGCUUAUGUCAUCAAUUCCUGCCCUUGUCUUGACUACUUCACCUAAUGUAUAAAGUAUACACACUAAAUGUAGUACACAUGUAGAUGUGGUGGACAGAGAGUGUGAUUAUUUAGAGGAUAUAACAUCCCUUCUAUUUGGUUUGGUUUGAAAUCCUCCUGUUGUGAAAUACACUGUGGUGUCUAACCUCUUAUUCAGCAUGGUCACACCGGAAGACCUGCAAUAUUAAUAAAGACAAGCAAAUGUAAGAAAA